AUGGAGCUGCUGUCCACGCCCCACAGCAUUGAGGUCAACAACAUCACCUGUGACUCCUUCCGCAUCUCCUGGGCCAUGGAGAACAGUGACCUGGAGAGGGUCACCCAUUACUUCAUUGACCUUAACAAGAAGGAGAACAAGAACUCCAACAAGUUCAAGCACCGGGAUGUCCCCACCAAGCUUGUGGCCAAGGCCGUGCCACUGCCCAUGACCGUGAGAGGCCACUGGUUCCUGAGCCCCCGCACGGAGUACAGCGUGGCUGUGCAGACGGCAGUGAAGCAGAGUGACGGGGAGUACCUGGUAUCUGGCUGGAGCGAGACGGUCGAGUUCUGCACCGGAGAUUACGCCAAGGAGCACCUGGCGCAGCUGCAGGAGAAGGCCGAGCAGAUCGCAGGCCGCAUGCUCCGCUUCUCUGUCUUCUACCGCAACCACCACAAGGAGUACUUCCAACAUGCCAGGACCCACUGCGGGAACAUGCUGCAGCCCUACCUGAAGGACAACAGCGGCAGCCAUGGCUCCCCAACCAGUGGCAUGCUCCAUGGCGUCUUCUUCAGCUGCAACACAGAGUUCAACACAGGCCAGCCUCCUCAGGACUCCCCCUAUGGCCGCUGGCGCUUCCAGAUCCCCGCCCAGCGCCUCUUUAACCCCAGCACCAACCUCUACUUUGCGGACUUCUACUGUAUGUACACAGCUUACCACUAUGCCAUCCUGGUGCUGGCCCCCAAGGGCUCCCUGGGGGACCGCUUCUGCCGUGACCGCCUGCCCCUCCUGGACAUUGCCUGCAACAAGUUCCUGACCUGCAGCGUGGAGGAUGGGGAGCUGAUCUUCCGCCACGCCCAGGACCUCAUCCUGGAGAUCAUCUAUACGGAGCCCGUUGACCUGUCCCUGGGCACCCUAGGGGAGAUCAGCGGGCACCAGCUCAUGAGCCUAUCCACUGCUGACGCCAAGAAGGACCCCAGCUGCAAGACCUGCAACAUCAGUGUGGGCCGCUAG